CCCCGCCCUGUUAUGUUGCUUCCACUUUGUUAUAAGCCCACUAACACAUAUUGCCAUAAGUAUUGUCCCCGCCCUCCAUAUCAUGUGAUUCAGGUGUUCCAAUCCCCUCCAUAUCAUGUGAUUCAGGUGUUCCAAUCCCCUCCAUAUCAUGUGAUUCAGGUGUUCCAAUCUCCUCCAUAUCAUGUGAUUCAGGUGUUCCACUCCCCUCCAUAUCAUGUGAUUCAGGUGUUCCAAUCCCCUCCAUGGACACAGGUGUAUACAAUCAGCCCCUAGGCAUG